AUGGCGUCGUAUGGCCACUACCAGUCGACGUGCGAGCUCAACGGGGAGCAGAAGCAGGCGGUUUUUGCCGACCCCAACACGUCGCUACUUGUGCUUGCCGGGGCAGGGACAGGCAAGACGCGAACGGUGACUGAGCGGGUGCAGUGGAUGAUGGCCUGUGGCAUCAAUCCAACGGCAAUUCUGGUGCUCGCGUUUACCAACGCGGUGGCUAGCGAGAUGGGCAGCCGGAUCGCUUGCCACUUUCGUGACAACAACGGACUCCAGCCGUUGUUCAUGACCGUCCACGGCUUUGCAUGGGCGCUCAUCAACCAUCACCCCACAGCAGUACCGUUCCGCGAGUACUCGAAGUAUCACACGAGCGAGGCUUUCCCCCAUCGCCCAGCCACGGCGAUGAUUACCGACGAAACAGGGGAGGUGACCGUCAGCGUGUGCGACAAAGAGCGGGGACAGGACAUCGUGAAGGCACUGAUUGAGGAGAUGGCGGCAACGGAGGAUCUUCUGCCAAACCGGGCCAUGCUCCCACACAGCUUGCGGUCGGAUUAUGACCAGAGGGUUGGAAACGAUCGGUUUGAAGCCCCGAUGAAAAUUGUCACGUACUUUGCGACGAAGAUCGCGAAGGCCAAGAAGCGUGGAGACAGCCUCGAUGAUGACGACGAUGAGUACGUGCAGAAACUAUGGGGCCGGUACAACGAUUCCCUGACGGCGCUUCGUCUUGUAGAGUUCAGCGACAUGGUGCCGUACGCGGUGAAGAUGCUUCGCCAGGACCCGCUCAUCCGGCGGGCGUGUCGGUCGCGCUUCCGGUACGUCGUUGUCGAUGAGGCGCAGGACACGUCGCUAGAACAGUGGAAGCUCAUCAACAUGAUUGCUGCGCCGUACGCAGACGAUGCAGAGUACGAGGCAAAAAGCCCGAUCCCGGCUGCUUGCAGAUCGCUCAUGGUCGUCGGCGACGCAGACCAGCUCAUCUACUCGUUCCGCGGAGCGGAGGGUAACUUUGCGCAGCGUUUCAGUUCGAACUACCGGUCGCACAACUUCAUUCUCGCAGUGGCAUCGGCGCUCAUCGCGAAGAACCCUGAGCCAGUGCAGGGCAUGUCGCGGAAGCCGCUCGUGUCCGCGAUUCGAGACGAUGGAGUGCCGGUCCAGUAUGUGUCAGGGCUAUGCGCCGAUGGACUGGCGAAGCAGAUCAAGAGCUUGUGCGACAACACUAGCUACGGCGCGUCGGACAUUGCUAUCUUGUGUCGGGCGAAGGUCCAAAACGAGACGAUGCAGAAGGCUCCGAGAAAGCUGGAGAAGAUGGGCAUCCCAACGCACACGAUUGGCGGCGAGCGGCUAGUCGACAUCGCCGAGAACAAGGUGGUGCUAUCAUACAUUUCGCUGUUGGUCGACCCAGCCAACAACUCAGCACUUAUGAAGUCGAUCGAAGUGGUGGUCAACGCAUCGGCAGUGUACCGCCAGCCAGCGCUGACUGCACUCGAGUACCUGGCGGACGGCCAGGACGAGUAUAUCCUCGGAAGCCUGGCAGGCAAGGUCUCGAUGCGAGCACCAGCGCGUGAGGCCGCAAAGAAGUUCAUCGAUGUCACAAAGGCGCUGACAGACAAGGUUCGCCAGGCGCACGUGGUUGCAUCAGGCUUUCCGAGCUUCUUCCGCAGCAUUGUCAAUGAUGUGAUGGAUAUGUACGGCUAUCGUGAGCAUCUCAUGAACGCGUACGGAACUGACGUGUCUGUGGCCGACAUCUCGGCGAAGCGCCAGGGGUUAGAUACGUACGACUACCACAUCGAGCAACUGUUUAAGCUUGCCGCUGAGUUUGGGCUCCACAGAAGCCCUGAUAUCGAGGAUGGCGAGUCGACAAAGAUGGACGGAGCCACGGCGAUUCGGAAGUUCCUGGCGUACGCUGAACUACAUGGAGAUCUUGCUCAGGUGCGGGAGGGCAGUGGUGUGGUCUUCUCGACCAUCCACGCGGCCAAGGGCCUCGAGUGGCCCAUCGGCCGGCUGCCGUACAACCCGGACAAGGAGGACAGCAACGUGGAGGAGGAGCGGCGGCUGGCGCACGUGGCUAUGACCCGGGCAAAGGACAUACUCGUGCUCGUCAACUACAACGAGCGAUUAUCCUCUCCACCUUCGGAGUUUCUCGGCGACAUCAAGACCAGCCUGCCCGAGGGCUCCCGCGCGCUCGUCACCACAUCUGCCGAGAAGUGGAACGCACUAAGCGCCAUCAAAAGUUGCGGUAAGCGGAAGCACGAGUGCGAUGACGAGGGGCCGAGCGGAACUAGCGCCAAGAAGGCAAAGCACGCUUAA